AGCGGCGUUUCCCGUCGGACCGCAUUCUGUGUGACGCAGCGGUUCGCCGCCUGAAAAAGUGACAGGAGAGCUGCUAGUUGUUGACAUUCCUCUCAGGCUUUGCAUUUUGUGUUGCGCAGACAAAAAAAAAAAAAUAAAUAUGGACGACCAGGGCUGUCCGAGAUGCAAAACGACCAAAUACAGGAACCCGUCGCUGAAGCUGAUGGUGAACGUCUGCGGCCACACGCUAUGCGAGAACUGUGUGGAGAUGCUGUUCGUGCGUGGCUCAGGUAACUGCGUGCAGUGCGACACGCCCCUGAGGAAGAGCAACUUCCGAGUGCAGCUCUUCGAAGACCCGACCGUAGACAAGGAGGUGGAGAUUCGCAAGAAGGUCCUGAAGAUCUACAACAAGAGGGAUGUUGACUUCUCCAGCCUCAGAGACUAUAAUGACUAUCUGGAGCAAGUGGAGGACAUAGUGUAUAACCUUACAAACAACAUUGAUGUGGAAAACACCAAGCUGAGGAUGGAGCAGUACCAGAGGGAGAACAGAGAUAUCAUCCAGAAGAACAAGGCGAAACUUACACGAGAACAGGAGGAGCUGGAGGAGCUCCUGUUGCUCGAGCAGCAGGGCAACGAGCAGCGGAGACUGGAGGUGCUGCAGGAGGAGAAGAGGCAGCUGCAGGCCAAGAGGAAGAACAAGCAGGCUCUGCUGGAUGAACUGGAGCAGUCUCAACUUCCUGCCACCAUCUUGCUCGCCCAACACAAAGUCCGUGCUGCUCAGCUGGAGAGUGAGAUAGAGCAUCAGAACAAAGUGGUCAAACCUACAAAUCUGUUUUCGACUGGAAUCCAUAUGCGUCAGACAGUGUCUCUCCAGGCUGUUCCCAAGAUAGAGGAAGUUCUGUACCACUACAAACCUCUUCAAGUCGAAACGUUUGGACCUCAAGUGCCUGAACUGGAGCAGCUGGGCCGACUCGGGUAUCUGAACCACGUGCGGGCUGCCAUGCCUCAGGACACAGCUGGAGGAUACACCUCAGCUUUGGCGUGUCAUCGAGCAGUUCAAGACGCUCUCAGUGGGCUGUUCCUUCUCUAAUGCUGAACACAUCCACGGAUCAAACUGCACAACAGCCACUGGGUAGAAAUGUGACUAAAAGGACUGUAAAAAAACACCACAGAAAGGGCAGAAGCUGCGGUGGUAAAUACUAUUCUGACUGUUUUUUGGUCAAGAUGUAUUUUUUUUAUCUUUUGUGUUCAUUUAUUUUCUAUUUAAAUAAAUGGAAGUAAAAACUGA